AUGCUGCUCCUGGCACUGGCAUUGCUUGCAUUUCUCUUCCCUGCUGGUGACACUCAGAAUGCCUUACAGUGGCCAACUUCUGUCCAUGGCAUCCAAAUCUCAUCCUUUUUCAACCAUACCAUGGCACAAAGUCGAUGCUCAGGCUGGUUGGGAAAUAUGGAGCUUGGUAGCUUUGACAGCGACACAGGCACUAUCAUAUUUAAGAAACCCUGGUCUAAAGCAAACUUCAGCAAUGAAGAGGUUUUGGAGUUGGAGGAGCUAUUUCAAGUCUACAUGUUGGGAUUCAUCAGAGAAGUACAGGAACGUAUGAGCGAUUUCCAGAUGGAAUAUCCCUUUGAGAUCCAGGGCAUUGCAGGCUGUGAACUGAUUUCUGGAGGAACCAUUGAUUUCUUCCUGAGAGGAGCUUUAGAGGGACUAGAUUUCUUGAGUAUUAAGAAUUCUACAUGUUGGCCUGCCCCAGAAGGUGGCACCAAGGCAAAAAAAUUCUGUACUUUAAUAUUACAGUACAAAGGAAUCUGGGAUAUUAUGGAAAAUCUCCUCACAAAAACUUGUCCCAGGUAUCUGUUGAGUGUCCUAGAGUCAGGAAAGCCAGAUAUACAGAAACAAGUGAAGCCUGAUGCCUGGCUGUCCCAGGGACCGAGCCCAGGGCCGGGCCUUCUGCAGCUGGUGUGCCAUGUGUCUGGCUUCUACCCAAAGCCUGUGUGGGUGAUGUGGAUGCGGGGUGAGCAGGAGCAGCCUGAAACUCAGAAAGGGGACGUCCUGCCCAAUGCUGAUGAGACAUGGUAUCUCCAAGUGACCCUGGAUGUAGCGGCUGAGGAGGCUGCUGGACUGUCUUGCCGAGUGAAGCACAGCAGCCUGGAAGGGCAGGACAUCAUCCUCUACUGGGGACACUCCAUCUCCAUUGGCUGGAUCAUUUUGGCAGUACUAGUACCUUGUUUGAUUGUUUUGGUGUUAUUUGUAUUAUGGUUUUAUAGGCGCUGGUCAUAUGAGGAUAUCUUGUGA